AUGUUUGCUUCUGCCCCUUUCAGUGCUUAUCCAACAGCGGAGACACACACCACAUGCCCUGCCGAUGUGCUCCUCUACUACGAUUCAUACGAUGCAGGCUACGCGACCGGUGCGACUGCGUCUAUUAACGAGUUCACUGCAGCAGAGACGACUACAUCAUCAGCAGUAAUUCCUCAUCAACCAAUGCGUUCACUUCCCCUAGGAUGGAUCGGCUUCCGAAGCUGGUAA